AAACAUUUUAACAGCUUCUGUAAAUUUUGUAUUGUAUAAAUAAUGCACACUUAAACGUUUUCACUUAAAUGUUCACUUCACUAUUAUUAUCAUUUUUUUUAUUCAGUGUACCAUUAGCAAAUGAUAACAUUAACAACAAUCAUAGUUUCAAAUCCAACGAAUACUUUGUUUUGCUCCAGAAUUUAAGUUACAGAAACUGCGUUAUAGAGAAAAAAACGUAACAAAACAACCGAAACCCUCACAUAAUCCUGCGAGACAAAGUCAAAUGUAUUGAAAAAAAUAAUGUAUAAUUUAGCCUAUUUUAAUAUAUGGUAUAUUAGUAGCUUUAAAAAUAUGUGUGUGAAAGUCACAGAAACACCUUUUAAUUUCUGCAAUUAGGUCCUACUAUUAUUACAGAAUAUUUGCUUGCAGUUAUUUGUUAACCAUAGACGCAGAAAAUCCCACAUAAUGUAUGUAUGAAAUUUUGAUAGCAUUUUCAAGUGGAACCCGCCCCCCUUUGAAAUUCUCUAUCUUAUAUUUACAUGUUGGAGACAGCUGUUUAAAGAAAUCGAAUAAGAUUAGUGGGCAAUAGCGCCCUCUACUGUACAGGUAUGUAAAAACGUCCCUAUAAAUCUCUUAACCAAUCUUAUUCCUACAAAGAAUUUCCUGUAAACACGUAAUAAAAACAGAGAGUGGAUAGAAAUUGGGGUGCGCUUUGGUUGCUUGAAAUAUUCGAUCCUGUUACCGUCAACUCUGUUACCAAGGUAGACUUGACAGAGGGAGAAGAAAAUGUGCGACUGUGCGUGUGUAACGGAGGCCAUUUACACGUGCAUGUGUGUGAGAAAGUAGUGUCUGACAGUUGUUGACUUUGAAAUGCAAAAUGUAUGUCUGCGCAUGAUCGGUGACCUGUUUUUUAAAAGGCGUUUUUGUUUUGCCACACCUCCAGAAAUAUCCAUUGUACAUCGUGGUACAGAAACCACUGGAAUUUAAUGUCGUCGCGAUCUAUUCUUCUUUUUUUAAUCGUUGUUUGCUCUUUGUAAAAGUACUCUCUAUUUCUAGUUACUUUUAUUUCGUCACCGAGUCUCUUUUGAAAUGUCUCUUCUUGAAGAUGACCUGUCGUGUCCCGUGUGCACGGAUGUGUUCCGUGAGCCCGUGUUACUGAGUUGUGGACACAGUUUCUGUCGUCAGUGCAUCAACGAUCAUUGGACGGCGAGCGGAUCCAGAAGUUGCCCGGUGUGUCGACAACUCUCUCCGCAGGAGCCGCUCUCCAACCUGGGCCUGCGCAACGCCUGCGAGACGUACCUGAAAGAGCGCAGGUCCGAGAAACAGAGGGAUGACGAACCGAAGUGUCACAUACACGGAGAGAAACUUCAGCUCUUCUGUAAAAUAGACGAAAUGCCCAUAUGUUCACAGUGUAAGAAAGGUGCUCACAGAUAUCACAAAACGCAGACACUGCAGCAAUCCGUAAGACAGCGCAAGGAGAAGCUUAAAGCAGCCCUUUGCUCAGCUGAGAAGACCAUGUCGUCAUUAAAGAAUGGCACAACACAAGAUGCCGAAGUCUCUCGAUACAUUCAGUUUCAGACUCUGCAGACCGAGAAGAUGCUGAAGGAAGAGUUCAAGAAGCUCCAUCAGUUCCUUAAAAAAGAGGAGGAGGGCAGGAUAGCAGUGCUGAAUAGAGAAGAGAAAGAUAAGAGAGGAAGAAUAAAUAGUAUAAUACAGGGAAGAAUACGGUCACUAUCAGACAUGAUCAGAGAGGUGGAAGAGGAAAUAAAGGAGGAUGACAUCGACUUCCUGCAGAACUACACCAGCAUGAUGAGCAGAAUUGAGUGUGCGCUCCUAGAACCAAUGCUGUGUUCUGAAUCUUUAAUCGACGUUCCUAAACAUCUGGGAAACCUGAAGUAUAAAGUGUGGAAGAACAUGAAAGACGUCUGCCCUUACUACCCCUUGGCCCUGAACCCAAACACAGCUCCACCGUGUUUCUCUGUAUCAGAUGAUCUGACGUCUGUGACCUCGUGUGUCCAUCAGCGGGACAAUACCAAUCCACUGUACAGGAACUGCAUGGUGUUGGGAAAUGUGGGAUACGGUGACGGAGUCCACACAUUCACUGUUGAGGUGGGAAACAGUCGGCACUGGACCGUCGGCGUGUGUCUUGAACCUUUGAGCCUUGUCUACGGUCUCAAACGUGAUGGAGACCUGUACCAUUUACUGACCUCUCAGAUAAUGUUUAAGAUGAAGGCGAAUCCUAAAGCGGUGCGAGUGAAGGUGGAGGAUUAUUAUGACCUGUGGUUUCGACGCUGGAGGAAAGUCACCUUUUUUGACGCCAAGACCGAUUGCCGUUUUGCCGAAAUGUCUAGAGUGCCUUUAGGGAGGAGACUCUUACCGUUUGUGAUCCCAGGAGAGCGCGCCGGUCCACUGCGUGUCGUCCCAGCUGACGUAACAUUGACCCAUGAACAGACUGAGCAGAAACUUUCCUUCAUUCAGAGAUAUAGAGUCUGCUUUUUAUUUGGUUUUGGUUUUGUUAUGGUUUGUUUUUUGUAUUAUUAUGGCGAUUUUGACACUGGAAAUACAAUGUCUGACAGAGCAAAUGAGUCAGUUAGUUAUUUAUGAAGUUAGAUAUUUAUCAAUAAAUACAAAUAAAUUGUUGUUGCUUGGUGUUGGGAUGCUAGAAGAAUUAUUGCAGUAAUGGGUUGAGUAACUUUGUUUUCCAUCUUCAUGUAAAAGUCUGUGUUGUAAUCUGUUACUGUUAACAUUACUCUUACAUUGAUUUUGGACAUCGGCGUUAUAUUUAGCUGCUGAUUGUUUUGUUUUUCAGGAAACAGAUAAAACACCGUAUUCUUUAAAAUGUGUUGUCGAAGUUGCCAAGCAUUUGAAUGGUUAGAUUUUUGUAAAACAUAGUGGGUGACUAAUAAUAAUGACGCACAACAAAAAAUAAAAUUCCAAAAUAUCAAAA